GGGAGGCUGGUGUCGCCGAGCGCUGGUUCACUCUGCGUGCAGGAGCAACUAUUCUCUCCGGGAGGAGGAAGAGAAUAAGGAGGGCAUUUCUGUUCGGACCGCGGGAGAUAGGAUUGAUUUAUAAUAAUGGACCCUCCGGUCCGCAGAACCGAGGACUGCGACGGACGGAACGUGUAAGCCGCUCGUACCGUGAGAGAAACGGGCGUCUGGUCCGAGUGCAGCAGCAGCAGCAGCAGCACACUGUCUACAGAUAGCAGCAGGUGUAACCGGGGGAUUUAACACAGGCAAUCGCAGUGUUCAUGAAACUUUGCUACGAUUUACGUGCAGGGGUUGCCGUCCGCCAUGUUAAGGUAAAGCCCAGGUGCGCGGUGUUGACCAUGCUCAAGCGCCUGGACAAGAUCCGCUUCCGAGGCCCCAGGACGAGAGACGAGUUUCCGGAUCUGGCCGAGUCGCCCCCUGCCUCCGACAACGAAUGUAGUGACGACAUUCAGCCUAGGCCGAGAGCAGCUACCAGGGAAAUGGAGGACUUGCUGCGAGACCCUGCAGGUUCGGGGUCGCCAAUCAUGGCUUCGGCCAUCCAGGACUUCCAGAGGACGGAGUCAGAUCGACUCAGUGAGGUGAAAGGUCACCUGGAAAUUGCCUUAUUGGAGAAACAUUUUCUGCAGGAAGAGCUGAGGAAACUUCGGGAGGAGACCAAUGUGGACUCCCUGCGGCAGGAGCUGGAGAGGGAGCGGGGGAAGAGGAUAGACCUGGAGCAGAAGAUGAACGAGGUGCUCAAGUCAAGGUUGGAGGACUCUCCACCCCAGCCGCCCCGAAAACAGCAGUCGCCCUCCAACAGCGCAACAGAUAAGCAGCAGAGAGAGACGUGGGGCUCGCAGCUACAGAAGUGGCUGUACGACCGCUUUGGGGUCUACAUCGAGGACUUCCGCUUCCAGCCGGAGGAGAGCACCGUGGAGGCAGAGGAGCCGCUAAGUGCUAAAAGGUUGACGGAGAAUAUGAGACGACUUAAGCGAGGAGCCAGACCUGUCACCAACUUCUUAAGGAACCUCUCCGCCUUAUCCAAUUGGCACUCUGUCUACACCUCAGCUAUUGCCUUUAUUAUCUACAUGAAUGCUGCAUGGCAUGGCUGGGCCAUCCCCAUGUUCCUAUUCCUAGCUAUCCUGCGGUUGUCUUUGAAUUACCUCAUUGCCAGAGGCUGGAGGAUUCAGUGGAGUAUUGUGCCUGAAGUCUCUGACCCUGUGGAGCCUUCAAAGGAAGACUUGACUGUAUCUGAGAAGUUCCAGCUUGUACUCGAUGUCGCACAGAAAGCCCAGAACCUCUUCGGCAAGAUGGCGGAUGUGUUGGAGAAGAUAAAGAACUUGUUCACAUGGGUGCAGCCAGAGAGCACCCAGAAGCUCUACAUUGGCCUGUGGGUGGCUUUCAUCACUUCCUGUGUUCUGCCGUACAAACUCAUGGGUUUCAUGAUCGGUCUGUACGCUGGUAUUAAGUUCUUCAUUAUAGACUUCCUGUUUAAGAGCUGCCCCAAGCUGCGGGACAAGUACGACACGCCGUACAUCGUGUGGAACAGCCUGCCCACUGACCCCCAGCUCAAAGAGAGGACUAAUGCCACUGUGUCGCGACGGGUCCAGCCCGUGAUCUCUCGCAGUAGCUUGGCCACCGUCCCAUGCGGGGUGAGCAGGGAGGAGGAGAUGGGACGUUCCCACAGCACCAAGAAGGGAACCUUCCACGAGAUUUUCAAUCUGCCGGAGACAGAGCGCCCUCUACCUGUAUGUGAGAAUGGCUGGCGGUGUUGCCUGAUCAACAGAGACCGGAAGAUGCCCACUGAUUACAUCAGGAAUGGAGUGCUCUAUGCCACGGAGAAUUACCUAUGCUUUGAGAGCUCCAGCUCUAGAUCCAGCUCUUCAAAGAAGAAUAAAGUCAUAAAGCUGGUGGACAUAACUGACAUACAGAAGUACAAGGUGCUGUCAGUCUUACCAGGAAGUGGGAUGGGUAUCUCUAUAGCCACUCCCUCCACUCAAAAGCCUCUGGUGUUUGGUGCUAUGAUCCACCGAGAUGAGGCCUUCGAGGCCAUCUUCACCCAGUACAUGAAGAUCAUGACUACCACCAAACCUCCAGCCAACCCAGAGCUCUAGCCAGACUGUGUCCCACGCUAGGGCCAAGGGCAGGAACACCCUCCCUGCUCUUCACCCCUACAUACGUUCCACCUUGAAUUUCAUCUGGGCUGGAAAACAAAACUCGCAGACACGUCACUUCUCUGUUUCACGUGACCUGCAGCUGCUCCUCUUUUAUCCCCCGAGUUGAAAAUAGCUCCAUAUGAUUGAGGGUCUUCGUCCAGCUUUUGGUUUGUGGACACCGACACAAUCUUUAGGCCAUUAUGGGGAUGGGCAGGUGGUGGAUAUGCGGAUGUGGGAGCUGGGAUUUAGAAAUGUCUCACUGGUGAAUUUGCCUGAUGUCAAGGCGCACUCAGGCUGGAUGAUGCACAAAAUCAAUCCGCUAUUUGUUUCUGAUGGUGGGAGAGUGAUGGGAUAAAGGAAGGGGUGUGGGUGAUUGAGAGGGGUGUAAGACACGUGGUUGCGGUUUUUAGCGAUUGGCAAAAGGGCUGGUGUGGUUGUGGUUUUUAGCGAUCGGCAAAAGGGCUGGUGUAGGGGGCUGGUUCUCCUCCCUGACCUGACAGACCGACUGAAAAAAUUAUUUGACUGGCUUGCUGGUUUUGCUGAUGCACUUCUCUCUCUUCAGAUAACUGUGUGCCGCACACAUGAGCACGGUAUGCGUUUUUGUGUAGGGGAUCUCAAACGCUUCUUGUGGCAGCACCUCUCUUUGUGUCUUUAAUCAGGGCAAAGGGCGAAGUUGUGUUUUAAAGAAGUACUUAAUCUGGCCAUGAGUGUUAAGACGUUCAUGAAAAAAGUUCAACGUUGAAAUUGUCUUUCCUCAAUAACUGGGUAAUGGUGUCUUCUUGGCAUAGACCUAUGGUUGUAUGGGUGUGCGUAGAUAUUU